AGCCCGCAGCCUUUGUGUCCUUCUCUGGGCCGGAGUGGCUGCAGCUCACCCCUCAGCUCCCCUUGGGGCCCAGCUGGGAGCCGAGAUAGAAGCUCCUGUCGCCGCUGGGCUUCUCGCCUCCCGCAGAGGGCCACACGGAGACCGGGAUGGCCACCUUCAUGGGCCUGCUGCUGCUGCUGCUCCUGAGCCAGCCCGGGGCCGGGACGGGAGCUGACACAGAGGCGGUGGUCUGCGUGGGGACCGCCUGCUACACGGCCCACUCGGGCAAGCUGAGCGCUGCCGAGGCCCAGAACCACUGCAGCCAGAACGGCGGCAACCUGGCCACUGUGAAGAGCGAGGAGGAGGCCCAGGAUGUCCAGCGAGUACUGGCCCAGCUCCUGAGGCGGGAGGCAGCCCUGACGGCGAGGAUGGGCAAGUUCUGGAUUGGGCUCCAGCGAGAGAAGGGCAAGUGCCUGGACCCUAGUCUGCCGCUGAAGGGCUUCAGCUGGGUGGGCGGGGGGGAGGACACGCCUUACUCUAACUGGCACAAGGAGCUCCGGAACUCGUGCAUCUCCAAGCGCUGUGUGUCUCUGCUGCUGGACCUGUCCCAGCCGCUCCUUCCCAGCCGCCUCCCCAAGUGGUCUGAGGGCCCCUGUGGGAGCCCAAGCUCCCCCGGAAGUAACAUUGAGGGCUUCCUGUGCAAGUUCAGCUUCAAAGGCAUGUGCCGGCCUCUGGCCCUGGGGGGCCCAGGUCAGGUGACCUACACCACCCCCUUCCAGACCACCAGUUCCUCCUUGGAGGCUGUGCCCUUUGCCUCUGCGGCCACUGUGGCCUGUGGGGAAGGGGACAAGGACGAGAGUCAGAGUCAUUAUUUCCUAUGCAAGGAGAAGGCCCCCGGUGUGUUCGACUGGGGCAGCUCGGGCCCCCUCUGUGUCAGCCCCAAGUAUGGCUGCAACUUCAACAAUGGGGGCUGCCACCAGGACUGCUUUGAAGGGGGGGAUGGCUCCUUCCUCUGCGGCUGCCGGCCAGGGUUCCGGCUGCUGGAUGACCUGGUGACCUGUGCCUCUCGAAACCCUUGCAGCUCCAGCCCAUGUCGUGGGGGGGCCACAUGCAUCCUGGGACCCCAUGGGAAAAACUACACGUGCCGCUGCCCCCAAGGGUACCAGCUGGACUCGAGUCAGCUGGACUGUGUGGAUGUGGAUGAAUGCCAGGACUCCCCCUGUGCCCAGGAGUGUGUCAACACCCCUGGAGGCUUCCGCUGCGAAUGCUGGGUUGGCUAUGAGCCGGGCGGUCCUGGAGAGGGGGCCUGUCGGGAUGUGGAUGAGUGUGCUCUGGGUCGCUCGCCUUGCGCCCAGGGCUGCACCAACACAGACGGCUCAUUUCACUGCUCCUGCGAGGAGGGCUACGUCCUGGCUGGGGAGGACGGGACUCAGUGCCAGGACGUGGACGAGUGUUUGGGCCUGGGGGGCCCCUUCUGUGACAGCUUGUGCUUCAACACACAAGGGUCCUUCCACUGUGGCUGCUUGCCAGGCUGGGUGCUGGCCCCAAAUGGGGUCUCCUGCACCAUGGGGCCUGUGUCUCUGGGACCACCAUCUGGGCCCCCCGAUGAGGAGUACAAAGGAGAGAAAGAGGGGAGCACCGUGCCCCCCGCUGCAACAGCCAGUCCCACGAGGGGCCCCGAGGGCACCCCCAAGGCUACAUCCACCGCAAGGAGACCUUCGCUGUCAUCUGAUGCCCCCAUCACGUCUGACCCACUCAAGAUGCUGGCCCCCAGUGGGUCCCCAGGCGUCUGGAGGGAGCCCAGCAUCCAUCACGCCACAGCUGCCUCUGGCCCCCAGGAGCCUGCAGGUGGGGACUCCUCCGUGGCCGCACAAAACAACGAUGGCACUGACGGGCAAAAGCUGCUUUUAUUCUACAUCCUAGGCACUGUGGUGGCCAUCCUACUCCUGCUGGCCCUGGCUCUGGGGCUACUGGUCUAUCGCAAGCGGAGAGCGAAGAGGGAGGAGAAGAAGCAGAAGAAGCCCCAGAAUGCGGCAGACAGUUACUCCUGGGUUCCAGAGCGAGCGGAGAGCAGGGCCAUGGAGAACCAGUACAGUCCGACACCCGGGACAGACUGCUGAAAGUGAGGUCGCCCUAGAGACACUAGAGUCACCGGCCACCAUCCUCAGAGCUUUGAACUCCCCAUUCCAAAGGGGCACCCACAUCUUUCUGAAAGACUGGACUGGAAUCUUAGCAAACAAUUGUAAGUCUUCUCUUUAAAGGCCCCUUGGAACAUGCAGGCAUUUUCUACGGGUGUGUGAUGUUCCUGAAGUGGAAGCUGUGUGUUGGCGUGCCACGGUGGGGAUUUUGUGACUCUGUAAUGAUUGUUACUCCCCCUCCCUUUUCAAAUUCCAAUGUGACCAAUUCCGGAUCAGGGUGUGAGGAGGCCGGGGCUAAGGGGCUCCCAUGAAUAUCUUCUCUGCUCACUUCGACCAUCUAAGAGGAAAAGGUGAGCUGCUCAUGCUGAUUAGGAUUGAAAUGAUUUGUUUCUCUUCCUAGGAUUAAAACUAAGUCAAUUAAUUAUUCAAUUAGAUAAGAAGAUCUGGUUUUUUGGUCAAAGGGAACAUGUUCAGGACUGGAAACAUUUCUUUACAUUUGCAUUCCUCCAUUUCGCCAGCACAAGUCUUGCUGAAUGUGAUACUGUUGACAUCCUCCAGAAUGGCCAGAAGUGCAAUUAGCCUCCUAGGUGGCAAGGAGGCAGGAAGUGCCGCUUUGGUUCUUACAUUUCUAAUAGCCUUGGGUUUAUUUGCAAAGGAAGCUUGAAAAAUAUGAGAAAAGUUGCUUGAAGUGCGUUACAGGUGUUUGUGAAGUCACAUAAUCUACGGGGCUAGGGCGAGAGAGGCCAGGGAUUUGUUCACAGAUAAUUGAAUUAAUUCAUCUAAAUGUACUGAGGUUACCUCACACUUGACUAUGGAUGUGAUCAACACUAACAAGGAAAGAAAUUCAAGGACAACCUGUCUUUGAGCCAGGGCAGGCCUCAGACACCCUGCCGGUGGCCCCGCCUCCACUUCAUCCUGCCCGGAAUGCCAGUGCAGAAAGUUCCAUCAGGCUGUUUUCUAAAGGAUGUGUGAAUGGGAGAUGAUGCACUGUGUUUUGAAAGCUGUCGUUUUAAAGCAUUUUAGCACAGUUCAUAGUUCACAGUUGAUGCAGCAUCCUGAGAUUUUAAAUCCUGAAGUGUGGGUGGGGCACACACCAAGUAGGGAGCUAGUCAGACAGGCAGUUUGCUUAAGGAACUUUUGUUCUGUGUCUCUCUUUUCCUUAAAAUUGGGGGUAAGGAGGGAAGGAAGAGGGAAAAAGAGGACUAACUAAAAUCAUUUUUACAGCAAAAAUUGCUCAAAGUCAUUUAAAUUUAUACCCUCAUUUUAAAAGUUACAUUUGCAAAGAUUUCUCCUUAUGAUAAUGUGGUUGAUAGAAAAGGAGAUACUCUCCUUUUCUCUCCCUCUCUCUCUCACACACACACACACACACACACACACACGGCACCAUUCUGCCUGGGGCACUGGAACACAGUCCUGGGGGUCACCGAUGGUUACAGUCACUAGAAGUUACCUGAGUAUCUCUGGGAGGCCUCAUGUCUCCUGUGGGCUUUUUUUCGCCACUGUGCGGGAGAACAGACAGAGGAAAUGUGUCUCCGUCCAAGGCCCCAAAGCCUCAGAGAAGCGGUGUUUCUGGUUUUGCCUUAGCAAUGCAUCGGUCUCCGAGGUGACACCCUGGAGAGGUUGAAGAGCCACCAGGUGCAGGCCCUCAGAGUUAAUACUCUUGCCAGUUUUGAAAUAUAGAUGCUAUGGUUCAGAUUGUUUUUAAUGGAAAACUCAAGGGGCAGGGGAGGUGAAAGGAAAGAUGGAGGUUUUGUGCGGCUCAGUGGGGCAUUUGGAACUUCUUUUUAAAGUCAUCUCAUGGUCUCCAGUUUUCAGUUGGAACUCUGGUGUUUAACACUUAAGGGAGACAAAGGCUGUGUCCAUUUGGCAAAACUUCCUUGGCCACGACACUCUAGGUGAUGUUUGAAGCUGGGCAGUCUGUGGUGUGGAGAGCAGCCAUCUGUCUGGCCAUUCAGAGGAUUCUAAAGACAUGGCUGGAUGCACUGCUCACCACCAUCAGCACUUAAAUAAAUGCAAAUGCAACAUUUUUCCCUCUGGGCCUUGAAAAUCCUUGCCCUUAUCAUUUGGGGUGAAGGAGGCAUUUCUGUCCUUGGCUUCCCACAGCCCCAACACAGUCUGUGUAUGAUUCCUGGGAUCCAACUAGCCCUCCUAUUUUCAGUGUUCUGAUUGCUCUCACAGCCCAGGCCCAUCGUCUGGUCUCUGAAUGUUUCUGUAGGUGGCAACAUGCAGCCCCGUUCUCAACAACAGGGAGGGCAUGGAACCCCUCUGUGGAACCCACAAGGAGAGAAAUGGGUGAUAAAGAAUCCAGUUCCUCAAAACCUUCCUUGGCGGGCUGGGUCCCUCUCCUGCUGGAUGGUGCUUUCUCUUGCACAGCACUCCCACUGCAAGGGGAGAGCCAGCAACCCAACCAGACGGCUCAGGUGGUGCAGCUGAUGGAAACCACUGGGCUCAAACACGUGCUUUAUUCUCCUGUUUAUUUUUGCUGUUACUUUGAGGAAUGGAAAUUCUUGUUUGGGGAUCUUGGGGCUACAGUAGCGGGUAAACAAAUGCCCACCGGCCAAGGGGCCAUUAACUAAUCGUCCUUAUCCUGAGGGGCCCCAGCUUGCUCGGGCGUGGCACAGUGGGGAAUCCAGGGGUCACAGCGUGGGGAGAGGUGCACCCUGCCAUCUGCUAACUUCUCACUAGACACAGUGUUUCUGUCCAGGUGACCUGUUCAGCAGCAGAACAAGCCAGGGCCAUGGGGACGGGGGAAGUUUUCACUUGGAGAUGGACACCAAGACAAUGAAGAUUUGUUGUCCAAAUAGGUCAAUAAUUCUGGGAGACUCUUGGAAAAAACUGAAUAUAUUCAGGACCAACUCUCUCCCUCUCCUCAUCCCACAUCUCAAAGCAGACAAUGUAAAGAGAGAACACCUCACACACGCAGCUCGCCAUGCCUAUUCAUUCCUGAAUUUCAGGUGCCAUCACUGCCUCUUUCUUUCUUCUUUGUCAUUUGAGAAAGGAUACAGGAGGACAAUUCCCACAGAUAAUCUGAGGAAUGCAGAAAAACCAGGGCAGGACAGUUAUCGACAAUACAUUAGAACUUGGUGAGCAUCCUCUGUAGAGGGACUACACCCUUGCUCAACAGCUUGGCUUCCAGGCAAGACCAACCACAUCUGGUCUCUGCCUUCAGUGGCCCACACACCUAAGCGUCAUCGUCAUUGCCAUAGCAUCAUGAUGCAACACAUCUAUGUGUAGCACUACGACGUUAUGUUUGGGUAAUGUGGGGAUGAACUGCAUGAGGCUCUGAUUAAGGAUGUGGGGAAGUGGGCUGCGGUCACUGCCGGCCUUGCAAGGCCACCUGGAGGCCUGUCUGUUAGUCAGUGGCAGAGGAGCAAAGCUUCAGGAAGGGCCAGCCUCAUGCCAUCUUCCCUGCGAUCAGGCAAAAAAGUGGAAUUAAAAAGUCAAACCUUUAUAUGCAUGUGUUAUGUCCAUUUUGCAGGAUGAACUGAGUUUAAAAUAAUUUUUUUUCUCUUGAAAUUGCUUUGUCUUUUCCAUUCUCAUCACGAGCCCUUGUUUGAGUGUCUUAUCCCUGAGCAAUCUUUCGAUGGAUGGAGAUGAUCAUUAGGUACUUUUGUUUCUACCUUUAUUCCUAUAAAUAUUUCUGUGAAAACUAGGAGAACAGAGAUGAGAUUUGACAAAAAAAAUUGAAUUAAAAAUAACACAGUCUUUUAAAAACUAACAUAGGAAAGCCUUUCCUAUUAUUUCUCUUCUUAGCUUCUCCAUUGUCUAAAUCAGGAAAACAGGAAAACACAGCUUUCUAGCAGCUGCAAAAUGGUUUAAUGCCCCCUACAUAUUUCCAUCACCUUGAACAAUAGCUUUAGCUUGGGAAUCUGAGAUAUGAUCCCAGAAAACAUCUGUCUCUACUUUGGCUGCAGAACCCAUGGCUUAAAUCUAUAUGAUAUGUGCAUUUUCUCAACUAAAAAUAGAGAUGAUAAUCCGAAUUCUCCAUAUAUUCACUAAUCAAAGACACUAUUUUCAUACUAGAUUCCUGAGACAAGUACUCACUGAAGGGCUUGUUUAAAAAUAAGUCGUGUUUUGGUCUGUUCUUGUGGAUAAUACCCUUCUAUUUUAGGUAGAAGCUCUGGAAUCCCUUUAUUGUGCUGUUGCUCUUAUCUGCAAGGUGGCAAGCAGUUCUUUUCAGCAGAUUUUGCCCACUAUUCCCCUGGGCUGAAGUUCUUUGCAUAGAUUUGGCUUAAGCUUGAAUUAGAUCCCUGCAAAGCCUUGCUCUGUGAUGUCAGACAUGAUUGUAAAUGUCAGUAAUCACUUCAUGAACGCUAAAUGAGAAUGUAAGUAUUUUUAAAUGUGUGUAUUUCAAAUUUGUUUGACUAAUUCUGGAAUUACAAGACUUCUAUGCAGGAUUUACCUUCAUGCUGUGCAUGUUUCCCAGACUGUGAGGAGGGAAGGCUCAGAGAUCGAGCUUCUCCUCUGAGUUCUAACAAAAUGGUGCUUUGAGGGUCAGCCUUUAGGAAGGUGCAGCUUUGUCAUCCUUUGAGCUUUCUGUUAUGUGCCUAUCCUAAUAAACUCUUA